UGUAUGCUGGAUGACCACCCCCUGUGAUGUAAAAUAUGAGAGUCUGGGAGCUACCGUUUUAUAAUUCAUCAGGUUCAGCAACUGAAUGUUGUUGGUUGGCUUAGUUAUAAAGGCAAGUGUGAACUGAACAGCAGACAGGAGCAUCUCGCAUUAAGAGUCCUGCGAAGCUGCAUUUGGUGCCUGGGCUCUGCUUUUGUUCAAGUGAAUUCAGUCCUCGAGUACGCUCGGUUUGAGGCAAAAAUCCAUGACCUGCGUGAGCAGAUGAUGAAUCACAGCAUGAGUUCUGGGUCCGGCUCCCUGAGGACUAAUCAGAAGAGGUCACUGUAUGUCAGAGCCAUGUUUGACUAUGACAAGAGCAAAGACAGUGGCCUCCCAAGCCAAGGACUCAGUUUUAAGUAUGGAGACAUCCUUCAUGUCAUCAACGCCUCGGACGAUGAGUGGUGGCAGGCGAGGAGGGUCACUCUGGAAGGAGACAGUGAAGAGAUGGGAGUUAUACCCAGCAAGAGGAGAGUUGAAAGAAAGGAACGAGCACGUUUGAAGACGGUGAAAUUCAACGCGAAACCUGGUGUCAUUGAUGCAAAAGGGGACAUCCCCGGAUUAGGUGACGACGGUUAUGGAACAAAGACUCUGAGAGGCCAAGAAGACUGCAUCCUUUCUUAUGAACCUGUCACCAGACAGGAAAUUAAUUACACCAGGCCAGUUAUUAUUCUGGGUCCUAUGAAAGAUCGGAUCAACGAUGAUUUGAUAUCUGAAUUCCCUGAUAAGUUUGGGUCAUGUGUACCACAUACCACACGGCCAAAGCGUGACUAUGAAGUGGAUGGGAGAGAUUAUCAUUUUGUCAUUUCAAGAGAACAAAUGGAGAAAGAUAUCCAAGAGCACAAAUUUAUAGAAGCUGGGCAGUACAAUGAUAAUUUAUAUGGAACUAGUGUCCAGUCUGUGAGAUUUGUGGCAGAAAGGGGCAAGCACUGUAUACUCGAUGUGUCAGGAAAUGCUAUCAAACGACUACAAGUUGCACAACUCUAUCCCAUCGCUAUCUUCAUUAAGCCUAAAUCAUGGGAGCCUCUGAUGGAAAUGAAUAAACGUCUUACAGAGGAGCAAGCAAAGAAAACCUAUGAUCGAGCAAUUAAAUUAGAACAAGAAUUUGGAGAAUAUUUUACAGCUAUUGUCCAAGGAGAUAGCUUAGAAGAUAUUUAUAAUCAAUGCAAACUUGUAAUUGAAGAACAAUCUGGGCCUUUCAUCUGGAUUCCUUCAAAGGAAAAAUUAUAA